AUGGUUACCAAUCUGCCUUACGCUGCAGAUGCCGAGAGGCAAGGACGACUCUAUCCCGUGUUGCGCGCACAGUAUGAGAAGGAGGGUGAAUUCGUCGGAGUGCAGACCAAAUUCAACUACGCCUGGGGACUCAUAAAAUCAGACAAACGAAACGAGCAACAAGAGGGCGUUCAGUUGCUCUCCCAGAUCUUUCGCACCGCUCUAGACCGUCGCCGGGAAUGUCUCUACUACAUCGCUCUCGGAAAUUUCAAGCUAGGCAACUAUGCAGAGGCACGCAGAUAUAACGACUUGUUGCUCGAGCACGAGCCGGAGAAUCUCCAGGCUAUUAGCCUACAACAACUGAUCGAUGACAAAGUCGCCAAAGAGGGUCUGAUGGGAGUUGCUAUUGUGGGCGGCGUGGCACUUGCUGCUGGAGUGAUCGGAGGUCUUCUCGUCAGAGAUCCCGCAGCCGCCAUCCAUCACGAGGCAGUUCUUUCCUCUUCCAUCCCCAUUUUCUCUCCAUCCCCGGGCAUCCUAGGCUGA